CCUCAGUAAUUCGACACUACCCUAGCAUUCGGUAUACAAGUAAUCCUCAUCUUCAUUGCGGGUUUUCGCUGGUUGUAGCUUGAUAGAAUUCUCGUUUCCUAGAACCAACCUUCGCAAUACUCCUUUUCAACCCAACACACAGUCUAGACACCUUUGAGGCUUCUGUGGACAUCUCCGACUUCACCUCUCGCCGUGGGAUUACCAAUCCAUCUCUGCACACUGACUGCUGACGACGGUCACGAAAAUCAACAUCGCCUUCACCGCAGACAUGACAUUCACCGUGUCAGAAAUCACAGACUUACGAAUUUAUCCUGUCAAAUCAUGCCGUGGAAUAUCCUUGAAAGCUGCAAAUCUGACAAGACAGGGAUUGGAAUUUGACAGAAAAUGGAUGUUCGUUGAUGGCAAGCAUCAAUUCCUCACCAUCAGGCAGAAGCCUCAGAUGACAUUGAUCAACACAGCUGUCGACGAGGAAUCAGGCAAUCUUGUAAUCACAAUCGGUCAUGAUGUUGACAAGGAGGUUAGAGUGCCUCUUCGUCCAGACCAAGCAUGGCUCGACGACAAUACCGAAAAGGUCACGGUCGACAUAUGGGAACACCUUACCGAUGGAUACGCAUAUACUGAUGCUAAGCUCAAGAAGAUUUUCUCCGACUUUUUUGAGGAAGAGGCAAGUUUGGUGAUGAAAGGUCCCCAGCCGCGAAUGUGCGCGGGGAACGGAGAUGCAAGGCUGCUUGGUCGCGAAGAGACUGUUAAUUUUCCUGACGUUUUACCUGUUCAAAUUGCAUCUGAUUCUUCACUUGCCGAGUUGAACUCCAGACUGCAAGCGAAAGGUGAAAAGGCGAUCACCAUCGAAAGGUUUCGGCCGAACAUCAUCAUCAAAGGCGGUGAGCCAUGGUCUGAGGACUCUUGGAAGACUAUACGCAUCAACGGAGAUUCUUCUCUUCUUACCACGAUCACUGGUGGGAAUCGAAAUGCUUUGGAUGUUGAUGUUGUCGCCAGAUGUGCUCGGUGCACGGUUCCCAACGUGAAUCCGGACACAGCUGAGAAGCAUCCGAAACAACCAUGGGACCUGCUGGUGAGCUACCGGAGAGUUGACGAGGGGAUAAAGUUCAAGCCUUGCUUCGGAAUGCUCUGUUGUCCGAGAAAUGAGGGCAAGGUUGAGGUUGGCAUGCGCUUCGAAGUCCUUGCUGAGACGAAGGAUCACAAGUACCAAAAGGGGUUUUGAGAUUUGUAGGGGAGAAGUGUGAUGUGUCAAUCUGCAGUGUACGUACUGUAAUUAUGGGGUGACGAUUGGCGACAAACAGUAGGACUGCGGUAACAUACAGUAUUUCAGGAGCAUACUCCGUACAAUCAAUUUACUCAACACGUGGUCGACGGAUUCAGGAAUGCACAUGCCAUUGGCGAGAAGGAAGUUCC